AUUUCCUUCCUUCUUUCCUUUCUUCGUUACAUUCUUUUUUGUUUUCAUUUGCAUUUUGCUGCCAUCUUGUAUAUUUUCAGUUUUAUUUAUUAAAUAAUUUUUGCACACGAUGGACGCUGAAGCUGCACAGGAGAACAAAUCGCCCAUAGGCGGUCGUUUCAUUGCGCUUUUGCGCCGCACACAAACUGGCAUCCUGUUCUCAGACCCACUAUUUGUCGCUCACAGUGAGCUCCUGCCGGAGCUUCCUGAAGGCCUGCAAUACAUUGUCAUUCACCCAUCCGCCACUGCUGGUGUGUCAGACAGCGCGUCUGGAGCACAGGGGAAGCCUUACACGUUGGAGGCAUUCUUGCCCAAAGGCAAUUCGAGUUUCAAAGCAAAGCAAACCUUGAAGCAGCAACAGCCUUUGGCGUUGCCUGUGGACGAGGACUAUGGUUAUUUCAGCAGCUUCCUGCCCACCAGAGACUCUCUGCAAUCGUCUCUCAGGGCGUCCGAAUACGGUGUGCUUAGAAGAGAAGACCUGUUUUUGGCCGAGACGGCGAAUGCCAUUGAUGGUAGCAACCAACACACUGGCGCUGAUGCUGCUGUCUCGAUGGCAGAUAUAGAUUCGGCACUAGAAUACGCGAGCACAUUUCUGGAAAACUCGACCGACCAGCACACAAUAUCCCCUGAGCUGCUCAGCGAUCUUGGCCUGACACCGGCCGACGUGGGAUUGGACUCGCAUUUGCCCAGCAAGAACGGCAGCAACAGUAACACACAGGACGAGACCGCCGAGUCAAUUUUGAGCGCCAACGACCGACUCCUGGCACAGCUGCUGGAUAUGCAGGACAAACGUGCGGCGAGUGGUGAUUUUGGUCUUAUCACAGAUGCCGAGAGGGACGUGGCCAAGCAGCUGCAGAUAAAUUUAGCCAGAGUCGCUGGUGCUCAUGCACCAGCUGCCCUGCGUCCGUCAGUUGAUGCCAUUCACAGUGCAGCCAAGCUGCUUCUCGCAAAGUCCCAAGGAUCCUAUGUUGGCACGUUGCCGCCACAGCAGCGCUAUGCGUUUGUGACUAAUUCCGCUUCAAAUGCCAGCCUCCCGCCUGCCGCAACCAUGGCGCCAAUGCAAAGCGCGCCACCACCACCGCCGCAGCCAUCAUCAUCAUCGCAACCGCAGCAGCAGCAAAAACAAAGCCUAGGAGUGGCAUUCUAAUUUUCCUCUAAAAAUACUAUUAUCCAUUUUUAUCCUUCAUCCUUUAAACAAAAAAUAAAGAAUUAGAAACA